GGCAGAGUAGCUUUCCCAUUUGAGGAUAGCAGUUCCACACUGUGGCCUAAUUCCUUGAGAGGCCCUGUCUUUCUCAGUCCCCAGAGGAGAAAUGGAAAACCAAGGCAAGGCCAGCUUGCUGCCUGGAGACUCUGGAGGCCCCUUGCUAAGGAAUAAACGUAGCAUGUGUGUUUCCAGAAUUUGGACAUAGGGUUGAAACAAAGGCACAAGCAAUAGACAGUUGCUUCCGGUGACAACUGGUGAAAAUUCUAGGCUCAGCCAAGGUCAUGCCCAUCUAAGUCAGGCCUAUCAGAAUUGCUUUUGCUCGCAGUCUGCUUCUGAACACAUAAGGCCCAAUGCCUCGGUGACUCAACCCCUGCGUCUCGCUUAAGGAGUGCUCUUUCGAGGAAAUGCUCCAGGAAUCCUGUCAGUGAGAACAAGAAUGCCCCCCACUCCACUGAGACAAGGAGCGAUUAGGGGAGGGCUCUUUGGUUCACCCAGACCUGAGAGGGGCAGGAGCCAGACCCCAGCUCCGGCCAUGACUCCCAGCUCCCCCGUCUAUCCCGGAACCUAAAGCGUUAGAAGGAAGCCCUGCCAGGAAUUUUGCUCUGCAUCUGAGAAGAACUUGAAGCCCAAGAUGUUCCUGUCUAACACCACGACUGUGGUACCCUUCCUGACCACGUCGUGGCAGGAGACCGCCGGACAGGGAGGCAAUGUGUCGGGCCUGGCUGGCAGGUCUCAGCUCCGAGACGACAGCAAACUGGAAGCUCUCUACAUCCUCAUGGUGCUGGGUUUCUUUGGCUUCUUUACCCUGGGCAUCAUGCUGAGUUACAUCCGCUCCAAGAAGCUGGAGCACUCGCACGACCCAUUCAACGUGUACAUCGAGUCGGACGCCUGGCAGGAGAAAGACAAGGCCUUCUUCCAGGCCCGUGUACUAGAGAGCUUCAGAGCCUGCUAUGUCAUUGAAAACCAGGUGGCUGUAGAACAGCCUGCCACACACCUUCCUGAACUGAAGCCUUUGUCGUGAACCCCAUAGCUCGUUAUGCGUAGACAAGCCCUACAUGUGACAAUUUCAUCUUUCUAGUCAUGUGCCUGUCAUAGUCUUUAUUGUAGGGAUUCCAAUGGAGUUUUUGAUAUUGAGGGUUAAGGAAUGAAUUAAUAACACUAGUUUCCUAAAAUCACGUUCCUUCUCUAGUAGAUGAUCAAUUAAUUUUGCAGCACCUAUCCUUGUCUUUUUAAAUCUAGCAGAGACCCAACAAUGUGACCUCUGAGAAUGCAAGCUGAGUUUCCCCAGUGCUAAUCUCCUGACAUUAGCAGGGUCACAUGACUGAGUUCUGGUCAGAGACUUGGACAUGAUGAGUCCAGUCCAUAAGUAGCCUUUGAAAAGGGAAGGGCGUGUCCUCCAUCUUCCUUGUCCCCCACGGGACAUUGACACCCUUGAGGCGGCUCUGAUAGAAACAGCAGUCCACUCUGAGUGGUGCAGACAGCGCAGAUCCCUCACCUUCGUGCACUGCCCACCUGUCUGGCUCUUAGAAAGAGUCUGCCCACAGCUGCUGCAGCCACUGCUUAUUGGUCUCUGCUAACGUCACAGAAUUGGUACCCAAACACAGUGUCACCUCUGUCCAUGUCUCUUUGUUCACAACCGUGACUCUACCCUCCUUCUGUCUCCCCCUCCUCCCUUAUCACACACCCCCUUGCAUUCCUUAUACACACGUACGCACACGGACACGGACACACAUACACUCACACACCCCUCGUGAUUCACACAAACACAUGCAUCCCUCACAGUUCUCUCUCUCUCUCUCUCUCACACACACGCACACACGUGCGUGCACGCAUGCAAACACACACAUACAUAUACAUACACACACCCCUCACAGUUCAAUCUGGAUAGAAAUUGUUUCUUAGAGGGUUGAGACAGAGUAGGAAAAUGACCCCAUCAGAAUAGUUACCCUGAGCAAGGUGUGCAGUUAUUACUGGAGGGAAAGUGGCCACCCCAGCCAUCCCAAAGGGUGCAGGGGAGGCUGUGUUUGUGGGCACUGGCAGCACAUGGGACUGAUGUGGCAGGGUCCUUGAAGUGACAGGUUUGACUUGUUGGAUGAAUUUUGUUCCUAAAAGGCACAUUGACGUUUCAGUCCCCCAGCACUAGCAAAUGCUACCUUGUUUGGAAACGGUCUUGUCCAACCAUCAGGUUUCAAUGAGCAACUGAAGCGGGUCCUACUCUAGUAGGGCUCAUACCCUUAUGAGAAGAGGGACACUUGACACACAAGGAGAACACUAUGAGAUGCCAGAGACAAAGAUAAAAGCCAAAAAGAGCUAAAAAUGGAUGGCCACUGGACUCUGGACAGAAACAAGGAACAAUUUUCCUUGUGACUUUUCAAGGACACGAGGCCCUCCUGAGCCUUCGUUUCAGACUCCGGCCUGGAGAACAUAGGACAAUGCCCGUCUGUUGCUCAGUAGACUUUGAUAAAGCAGUCUAGCCAGCUAAUGCGGUAUCUGCCCCUCCCCUUCCAACCAGAAGGAGCUAGGAGAGUGGAGAGGUGAGGGGUGGCGCCAGGGUUGCUGUUCACAGCAGACAGGCGAAGACAUCUCAGGCCACCUGCCCUGCCAGCAUGGGAGCCAGUGCUCUAGUGCCAGCCUUCUCCAGCUGCUAUCUGGGAUUCAAAGAGCUUCUGUACCAUGACACCUUGAAAGCUCACCCACAGAGGUGACUGGAGUUUGAACCCCAGAACCCACGGUGCAUGGAAAGAAAGUUGUCCUCUGACCUCCACACGGUGCACAGUGCAUACGCGCGCACGCGCACACACACACACAAUCAUAUACAUAUAAAACAAUAAUAAAGGUUUAAACACACACUCUAAUGAAAAGCACCCCGACGCAGCAUGGACUGUCCUCCAGUAGACACAUUUAGCGCCGUCUGAUUUGAUGAUUACAACUCUCAUUUCCCAUAAAGCAGUGAUUGCCAUGUGGCGGAGGGGGGGGGCAUCUGCAUCAGAAUCCUGAUGUGGAUUAGCUUUUCGAAUUGCUACUGUCCUUGAAUAAUUAUUUGGGUCCCAGAGUCCUUUGAAUUCUAAUGAAUGCUCGGCUCAUCCCCACCCCAAGAUGCUCCUGGACACUUUUCCUGCAGUCUUGAGAGUUCCUGAGCCCCUGGAACUCAGCCCUGGCUGCUGCGUGAUUCCUGCUGCCCAGACUGGAGGGAAGGUUUGGAGAAGGCCCAGAGUACUUGUGACUAGCUUGUGACACAGUGACCUUGAUAUUCCUGGCACACAGACCUCCUGUCACCAGCUCCUUUCUCCACAGGAAUUCCUGGGCCUUUUAAGGCAGACAGGUCCCCAGGCCUUGGAGCUAUCUGCCCUUGGAGACUGGGCCUCACGCAUGCUGCCCAACUGCAGAGGCCUUAUCUCCCUUCCCCUCCUCUGGCCCCUGCUUUGGAGAGGCAGAAGGGAGGAGUCAAGUAAGAAUGAACUGAGCCUCAAAAUGUCAUCUGCUUGGUGUUCUGUAUCAUCCGACUGCACACACAUAGAGAAGGGCCAGGCGGGGCCAGGGACCAUUCUCCGCCUUCAGAGACUCUCCGCCGACAUCUUCCACACACUAUUGUUGUCAGGACAGUGCCUUCUGCUGUAUUAACAGUUUUUAAAUUAAGGCUUUUUAAACCUGA